AUUAUCUGUAUGGUCUAGAGUGACCUUUGCACUUACACUAUGCACUUGUAUCCAACUAAUGUUUAGCCUAUAGACCGCCGAGGUUGUCAUCGUGCGCACAAUAAACCAUCUCUUUUAUUAUAACUGGGCUCUCAGUCUCCUGAAGCCUCAACCGUCUUACUUCUGAUGAAACUGCAGUAUUUUUUGAUCAUCAAGAAAGAUUUACAACAAUUUUGGUGUCUCUGGUGGGACCGUGAUGUUCUCCGUCCAUGUGCUGUGACAACCCAGAUGACAGACAACAUCUGAUCUGAUCCGGUGAUCCUGUUUCUGUGCUUCUGUGACAAACAUAUGCCAGCUCAGGGGUCAAAUUGGAAAAUGGCAAAACCAAAGAUGAAGCUGUUUAUUUUUCUUAUCCUUUUUGGUGUUCUAACUGUUAUCUUCAUUUCAAAAUGGAACCAUAAUUUCAGGCAUGCUGCUGUUUACAUCGCUGGAAAUCUGUAUUGGGGCACACCAUCAUCUAUAAGCAGUAGUUUGGAUAUACACAAUACCCCCAUAUCUAUGAAGUCUAUAAUCCCCAUUAAAAACUCAAGCCAUUUUGCAGUGUCUGCAUUCAUUGAUCACAGGAUCAGUAAAGCUAUUCGAGUUAUCAGCAUAAUAAAAAGAAACAGCAUGCAGCCACUUUAUUGCUUCUACUGCAACAAUGACCGAGCUUGCGAGUCUACUAUGGCUAAAAUUGAGAUACACAGUGAUCAUUUUGACUUCCCAUUUGGUGCUUCAGAUGUGCUGUGCCAGGGCAAACACACCCAAAAUGCGACUCAUGUCGCCAUUUCAGCUGAAAUUUCAGACAAUAAUAACCUAGACUUCCUGCCAGUAAAGAACAGAGUGAAUAAUGAAUCAUUCAAGUACAACUUCACCAUCUGUAUCUCAAGUCUUUUUGGGGACUACAAUAAUGUUCUGCAGUUUGCUCAAAGCAUGGAGAUGUACAAGCUUCUUGGUGUCCAACGAGUCGUAAUCUACAACACCAGCUGUGGUUCUGACUUGGACAAACUCCUACAGCACUAUGAGAAAGAAGGAAUUCUAGAGAUUGUGCCAUGGCCUAUUGACCAGUUCCUUAAUCCAUCUGCAGGAUGGCAUGCCAAAUUGCAUAAAGGGGAACUCCAGUACUAUGGCCAGUUGGUAACACUCAAUGAGUGCAUUUAUAGACAUAUGUAUGAGUCCAAAUAUGUCCUGUUGAAUGACAUUGAUGAGAUCAUCAUGCCCUAUAAAUACGCUAACCUUGCUUUACUGAUGGAGGAUCUGCAACAGGAGCACAGAUAUGUGACUGUAUUUAUCAUAGAGAACCACAUCUUCCCCAAGACACAGUUUGAAGAAAGUGGCAAGUUUCGCAGGCCAGAAUGGAAAAAUAUUCCUGGUAUCAAUAUUAUGGAACACAUUUACAGAGAACCAGACAGAAAGAACAUCUUCAACCCAACAAAGAUGAUCAUCAACCCGAGGAACAUGAUGCAAACCUCAGUGCAUUCCAGCCUGCAACACAUUGGAAAGGUCUAUCGGGUUCCUCCCGAUGUGUGUAGAAUCAUUCACGUGAGAACACCACUACAGGGGAGUCUUACCAAGGAGCAAUUAAUUGUUGACACAAGAGUGUGGGACUUUGCACAAGAACUGAUAACAAAUGUUAAUAGGGCACUAAAAUUAUCAGGUUUGUUGAAAAGUCAAAAGUGAUAUGGGUUUUUGGUUUGUCUGUUUAUUUUUUCUUUUGGUGCUCUGAAAAAAAAAAAAGAAACAAAUUACAAGGAAUUCUAGCAAGGGAAUGAGUUUGUUGAAUUUCAUUAAAAAGUUCUAAGAACAGAAACUUGGCUGUUUUUAACUUUACAUGGUUGGCAUACUAGUUUGUAUGAGUAAAUUAUGCUCAGGUCAUGCUGUGUGUAAUAGGACACAUUUACAUUACAUUUAGUGCUGUAAUUUACUCUCACCAUCCACUUUAUUAGGAACACCUGUACACCUGCCCAUACAUGUCGUUAUCUAAUCACUUAUUCAUGCAGCACCAGCGCAAUGCAAACAUUAAUAAAACAUUAAUAAAACAUUAACUCAGCGUGUAUGCACUAGCUGUACCCAACAUAGGUGGAUAGAUAAAUAUAUAGAAUAAAGCUGUUGUUUGGUUUUAUCUUUUAUCUACUCCAGAGGCUGAUUUGAAAUUGAUGAUUACUGAAUUCUGAAUAUUCAUUUACUUAUUUAUUUAUUUUUUUACCUUUUUAAUUGCUGGAGCUGAACAAAAUCAUGCCUAUGAUUAACAUUUUAAUAUAGCUGCUUUAAUAGUAUAGUAUAUAAUAAUAGCAUAGGCAAUAUUGGCAUUUUGAAAGAAUUUUUCAGCCUGUUUCAGAAAGAAAUAUUUAAAUGUGUUUUUACCUAAACUCCUGUGUCGUGAUGUUCUAAACAUGCUGUGUACUUAUUUCAAACUAGGGGAGAGUGAUAUGACUUUUUACAUCAUGAAAGAUUAAAAUGGCCCCAUCUGUAAAAUGCAUCUCAAUCUUUUUUCCCCCAGAUUGCAUGUACUGUUGUACUGAAAAUACUCAGACAUGACAUCGCAAGUUAUUUUAUGAGCAAGACUUUGCUCGAUUAGCGUUCUCCCUGACAGUAAUAACCAAAAGUAGGCAGUUCUUUAGCUUAUGUUUCCUCUUCAUUGUAUUUGGAAACAUGGAAGCAUAGCUGUAAUUGUAUGCAAAAUAAGCAAAGGCAAGACGGACAGGUCGGGGAAACGCUACAAAUGUGUUUAAGCACAAAAGCCAGAAGCAGUGCUGAAGUACACAAAGGUGUUUGAAAAAAGGCACUUUUUGUGAGAGAGACAUCAAAUAAUUUUCUAACAUUGCCAUUCCUUAGCUCUACACUGAAUGCUGUAAAAACUGAAACAGUGAAACACAAUUUGCUUAAAAUAAUCUCAUUUAUAUUUUGUUGGGAAAUGUUUAUUCAAAUUUGUUUUGUCAAUUUUUAAAUGUUAACACUUUUUAAUUGUUAAGUGCCAGAGAGUGUAGUUUGUGAUAUCUGUGUGUAUGUGUGUGCACGUGUGUGUUUUCAUUGAUGUUGUAUCAAACUUUGCUGUUUUUAACUUUACAUGGUUGGCAUACUAAUUUGUAUGAGUAAAUUAUGCUGAAAUUAUUCAUAUUCCUGCAAUCAAUAUUAUAGAACACAUUUACAGAGAACCAGAAGGAAAGAACAUCUUCCAUCCAACAAAGAUGAUCAUCAACUUCUCAAUCAUCAUUGAAAAGUCAAGAGUGAUAUGUUUUUUUCUUUGUUUGUUUGUUUUUGUGCUCUGAAAAAAAUGGAAGAAACUUCCAAAGAAUUCUAGCAAGGGAAUGAGUUUGUUGAAUUUCAUUAAAAAGUUCUAAGAACAGAAACAUGGCUGUUUUUAACUUUACAUGGUUGGCAUACUAGUUUGUAUGAGUAAAUUAUGCUCAGGUAAUAGGACACAUUUACAAUUAAUGCUGUAAUUUACUCUCGCCAUCCACUUUAUUACGAAAACCUGUACACCUGCCCACACAUGUAGUUAUCUAAUCACUUAUUCAUGCGGCACCAGCGCAAUGCAAACAUUAAUAAAACAUUAAUAAAACAUUAACUCAGCGUGUAUGCACUAGCUGUACCCAACAUAGGUGGAUAGAUAAAUAUUUAGAAUAAAGCUGUUGUUUGGUUUUAUCUUUUAUCUUCUCCAGAGGCUGAUUUGAAAUUGAUGAUUACUGAAUUCUGUAAUAUUCAUUUAUUUAUUUAUUUAUUUUUAUUUUUUUUUACCUUUUUAAUUGCUGGAGCUGAACAAAAUCAUGCCUAUGAUUAACAUUUUAAUAUAGCUGCUUUAAUAGUAUAGUAUAUAAUAAUAGCAUAGGCAAUAUUGGCAUUUUGAAAGAAUUUUUCAGCCUGUUUCAGAAAGAAAUAUUUAAAUGUGUUUUUACCUAAACUCCUGUGUCGUGAUGUUCUAAACAUGCUGUGUACUUAUUUCAAACUAGGGGAGAGUGAUAUGACUUUUUACAUCAUGAAAGAUUAAAAUGGCCCCAUCUGUAAAAUGCAUCUCAAUCUUUUUUUCCCCCAGAUUGCAUGU